AUGUUGGCCGGCCCAGCCGCGAUUGUCACAGCUGUCGAAAACGACGUUGCAAGUGCGAUCUGCUACGUCCGGAAUGCACGCAGUGCCAACGCAAAGGACAACCUUGUCCAGGAUAUCGAGAUGAAGCAGAAACGCAGUUUCGGCUGGAAACCAGCUCUUCCACCCUGCAAUAUGCGAAUGACAGUCCUCAUGUCAUGUAUCCUCCUCUACUGUGUAGCAUGCGCAAUAGAGAAGUACUCUGACGCGAGUGCCCAUUUACGCGCAGGUCUGAAUAUCUUGAAGAAUUGUAUGGCAGGACAACAUCGACAGAAAUCCUCCAAUGGAAAGAAUCUUAUGGAUAGAUUUGAAGGGAUGGUUGAGGUCUUCUCUCUGAUGCAUGCCCAAGCCGCAAUGUUCGACGAUAGUUUGCCCCCAUUCAUGCCCUUGACUGAAUUUUCCGUUAGUCAAAGCAAAGCUGAAGAUGGCCCAUGGUAUCCAAAUACCUUCAAAACAGUUAUCGAGGCCCAGAUAGCACUUGAGACGAUGCAGGGUCGGCUAUUCCAACGUCUGAUAUCAACCGACCUUGGCAAGUCUGCUGCUUUUAACUUGGAAGAAACUGAGCUUGGAAGGCAAAUCUCAUCUUGGCCAUUACGCUUCAGUACGAUCAUUAACGAAGCGUUCAAUAUACGAGCCCCAACACCCAUGUUCGUCAAAGGGCACAUCGUGCUCCUGGCUUCUCAACAAUGGAUGCUGUCUCUUUUGGUUAAAGGAAACUUUCCGGGAAACGCGAUCAACAUUAAAACCGCUGUCGACGAUGUAUUUUCUUCCCUCAAAUCAAACUUCGUCUGUGAUAUUCCCAGUGAUCGGCUGAGCUCGGAUCAACCCAAAUUUUUAUUCAGACCAGGCGCAGUUUCCCACCUAUAUCUCCGACUGGCACAACCUCGUGACUGGGCUUUACAACGCAAAAUUCUGUCAGCCUUGCAAACGGUAGCGCAGCAGGACCUCGGUACUUUUAAUGAGAAUAUGGUGUUUAUUGAGACUUUUCAUCUUUUGAUGGAAAUUUCAAAAGAGGAGAACCAUGAAAGCGACCCAAUUGAAGAAAUAGAUACAAGUGCCGCAAGUGGAAAACUACAUAGACUCCUUAAACUGUUAGGUCUCCUUUAA